UUUAAUUUUCAUCACCAUUUUUUCAAUUUCAGUUAAUACUGAAGUAAACGCCAAUUGUAGAUUUGAUUUACUUAAGAUGACAGACACCCAAAGACUGUUGCUAAAAUCGUUAUCAGACCAGGGUUACGGGAUCUGUGUAGGUUGUGGCUACACAAAUGCGGACCAUGGAAGGUGUCACUCCAUCGAUGUAUGCCGAAAAGGAUCCAGAUGUAUACGUGGAAAGAAUCGUUCCAGACAGCCAGAUUAUUACUGGCAUAGUUGCUGUGACCCAUCUGAUGCCAACUGUAAAUCGGGAGAUAAUCCUAUACAUUUUAAUGUGUUUGGAAGGGACACAACUCUACAUUAUGAAAAGACAGUUUGUUCAGAAAAAAAAAAACCACUAUUUUGCAACGAGAAUGGGUACACUGACCAGAAGAACGCCCUGAUUGCUUAUCUUCAAAGUGGAGUAAUGCCAACAACACAGGCGCCACAGCCAACACAGGCGGCUACCACUGCAACAGUAACAAAGGUCGACGGUGGUUGGUCGAUGUGGAGCGCGUGGUCAGCAUGUGAUAAGUCAUGUGACUUAGGGUUAAGAUAUAGGACGAAAGCAUGCACUUCACCAAUACCACAAAAUGGCGGCGCAUAUUGCCCUGGCGACGAUAAAGAAUCAGAAUUUUGCAACGCAAUACCAUGCUAAUAAUGUCAUUAGAAUGUUUUUAUUUAUUUAUAAUGUACCAAUUGUGUAAGU